UUCGGAGGUAAGAGUGAACAGUGACGAGAGAUGAUUCUCGCCUCUUGGCGACAAGACUCACACUAUAGCAUAGGAACAAAUCACCAGUAAAGUGCGAAGUAGAGAAGAAUUAAUUCCAGGGUGCCGAAAGACCGCAAAAGUAAAUUUCGGGAAGGAGACAUUUAUUUUAUUAGUUCUUUAGAAGUUGAGCUGCGGCCAGACACCUCUCGAUUUCCGGUUUUGCUUCCUCGCAGUAGAGGACCGGAUGUCUGCGCUUGCGCAUGACCGUUUCCGCGUUAGGCCCGCCUCUAGGCUUACUCCUGCGGGGCGAGAGUUAUGAGUAACGUGGCGUCGCUGGAGAUGUUUCCCAACAAACUGAGCCACAAGAAAUACAGAGCCGCCCUAAAGAAGGAAAAACGAAAGAAACGUCGCCGGGAACUCGCUCGACUGAGAGACUCAGGACUUUCACAAAAGGAAGAGGAGGAUGCUGCUAUUAUUGAAAAACAGUUAAAAGAAGAGAAGCUGUUGCAGAUAGAGAGGCAAAACUUACAUGAGGAGUGGUUGUUGAGGGAGCAGAAAGCGCAAGAGGAUUUCAGAAUAAAGAAGCAAAAGGAAGAGGCAGCUAGAAAACAGCAGGAAGAACAAGAGAGAAAGUUGAGGGAAGAAUGGGAAGAACAUCAGAGAAGAGAGAGAGAAGAGGAGGAGCAGAAACUACAGGAGAAAAGAGAAAAAGAGGAAUCUGUGCAGAAGAUGCUGGAACAGGCUGAAAAUGAGUUGGAAAGUGGUGCCACAUGGCAAAAUCCAGAACCACCCACAGACUUAAGAAUAGUGGAGAAAGAUCGAGCUAAUUGUCCAUUCUACAGUAAAACGGGAGCCUGCAGAUUUGGAGAUAGGUGUUCACGUAAACACAAUUUCCCGGCAUCGAGUCCCACCCUUCUUAUUAAAAGCAUGUUUACGACAUUUGGAAUGGAGCAGUGCAGAAGGGACGACUAUGACCCCGACGCAAGUCUGGAGUACAGCGAAGAGGAGACCUACCAGCAGUUCCUGGACUUCUAUGACGACGUGCUCCCCGAGUUCAAGAACGUGGGGAAAGUGGUCCAGUUCAAGGUCAGCUGCAACUUGGAACCUCAUCUGAGGGGCAAUGUGUAUGUUCAAUAUCAAUCGGAAGAAGAAUGUCAAGCAGCCCUUUCUCUGUUUAAUGGACGAUGGUAUGCUGGACGACAGCUUCAGUGUGAAUUCUGCCCAGUGACCCGAUGGAAAAUGGCAAUUUGUGGUUUAUUUGAAAUACAGCAGUGUCCAAGAGGGAAACACUGCAACUUUCUUCACGUGUUCAGAAAUCCCAACAAUGAAUUUUGGGAAGCGAAUCGAGACGUGUACCUGUCUCCGGAUCGGACUGGCUCCUGCUUCAGUAAGAACUCAGAGAGGAGGGAGCGGCUGGGCCGCCACGACGACUACUACAGUAGGCCGCGGAGGAGGAGGAGCCCCGGGCCGGCCCACUCCUACAACAGGAACGGGGAGGCCGAGAGGAAGAGGAGGAGGAGCCAUGGGGCCAAGAAAUCUCACAAGCACACGUCCAAAAGCCGGGAGAGGCACAGUUCCCGAAGCAGAGGAAGGAAAAGGGGCCGCAGCCGUGGCCGGGGCAGCCGGAGCCGCAGCCGGAGUUCCUCCAGGUCCAGGAGCUACGGCAGGAGGAGGUCGGGGAGCCAAGACUGAACUCUGCAGAGUCCCAAAUCCAAAUAAACUUACCAUGUGCUUCAGUAAUUGUACUCCCUUUAUUAUGGCAGCUGCGUAGUUGGAUAGAGGGCUCUCAGCUCACAUGGGUUAGCAAGUCUGGCAAAAGCCUACUUAGAUGAAACCUAUUCAUGAAGACAUAUAAACAUCAUGAAUGUUACUUAUAAUCCUAACCCUUAGAGGUUAACACUGGAGCAUUGCUUUACCUUUGCU